AUGGUUGCAGAUACCCUAACAAAACAGCCAGCGAGGGAAACUUUCCACUUCAUCAACGACCCAGGAGAUGCAAUAAAUGAAGCAGCAAUUGGGCUCACAGAGCACAAUCCGAAUCUCAGCUACUCCCCUACGCAUAAGAUUGUGUACCGGAGCGAUUUAGAUGCGUUCAGACAAGACCAUGUAACGACAAUUGGCUUCGCCGGAGGAGGGCACGAGCCUAUGUUCGCCGGCUUCGUUGGGCCCUCCUUCCUCUCCUGCUCCGUCUCGGGCAACAUGUUCGCAUCUCCAACAGCCGCACAAAUCUUCGCCGCCAUCCAACUGUGCCAACCACCCAAUGCACCAUCGAAAGGUACCUUGGUCGUAUGUGGAAACUACACAGGCGAUAUUCUCAACGCUGGUUUGGCAAUCACGCGUGCAACAGCAGCGGGAUACAAAGUCCGCUUCAUCCCCAUCGGCGACGACGUCGCAGUCGGAAAGAAGAAAGGUGGAAAAGUCGGUAGACGCGGGUUAAGUGGUCAUGUCGUAGGCUUGAAGAUCGCAUGUGCGUUGGCGAAUCAAGGGGAGUCUUUAGAGAGAGUAGGAGAUGUGAUGGAAUACAUCGCUGCCAAUUCGGGGACGAUUGCUGUCGCUUUUGACAGAGUCGCACUCCCAAACAACGUCAUAACAGAGAUCCAGAUCCUUCCACCAGCAACCAUCGAGCUGGGCCUGGGCUGCCAUGGCGAGCCUGGCCUCAGGUCAAUCUCGCCUGUUCCCAGUCCAGAAUCACUCACUCAAGAAAUGAUCAACCUCCUCACUGACACAUCUGAUCCCGAUCGAGGCUUUAUCCCCUUCCCCAAGAAUGGCAAGAGUGAAGCCGUUCUUCUGGUAAAUAGUUCGGGAAGUACUUCUGAUGAGGUGCUUGCUCGGUUUGCAGAGCUGGCUAUUGAGGAGUUGGAGAGUCGGGGGAUUACUGUGAGGAGAUUGACGUUGGGACCUAUGGUGACGAGUUUGAAACAGAGUGGGUUUGGGUUUACUGUUUGGAGAUUGCCUGGGUUUGAGGAGAAGGGGGUGCUGAGUAGAGAUGAGGCGUUGACGUGCUGGGAUAGGAAAGCGGAAACUGCUGCUUGGAGACAGUAA